AUGUUAAAUAGGAGCAGAAGUUGGCCCAUACAAUCAGUUAUAACGUUAGAUCCAAGAGGGAUCAUAUAUGCAAAAGUACAUCCGUCAUUUGAAAAAUAUAAUAAUAAUAAUAAUAAUAAUGCGAUCAUCACGAGGAGAAACGAAAACGAAUCGUGCGCCGUAGGAAAACCGGAUAUAGUUAUUGAAACCGACGAACGAGUUCCGGUUUUUAUAAAACCGGAUAUAUUCGUAACACUAGAACCCCGCCAAGAUUCGAUUUCGAAUUCUCACGGAUGUGACGAAUCCAAACAAAUAACAUUCGUGGAUCAUUAUCAAGUUUUAGAUUCCGUAUCGGAUGAUGAGGAAAAAGAUGGCGGAUAUAUUGUGUCGGUACCGUCCGUAGAAUGUACGAAUCGUAAAAUAAUUCCGUCUCGGAUCAACGAUGAUUGUGCCUUUAAUAAAAAAAAUGAUAUCGGGGCCUUUUUGGAAAGUUCGAACGCGUCCAACCAUAAUAAUAAUAAUAAUAAAAACAUAAGAGUUAUUGUGGACGUUGAAAAUACGAAUUCUUAUUACAAUCGCAAAUGUAAAAUAUGUCGCGGAAAAGAAAUUAUACGUAAAAAAUCAAAUUAUAAAUUUGAUAAACCUGAUAAGAGGUACGAUGAUAAGAAAAAUGUCGUCCGGAGUGAAUCGGAAAGGGAAAAACAUUUUUUAACGGCCUACCAAAUUGAUUUGCUACGUAAAAAAAAUAACAAAAGGUCACAGAGGAAAAUUCGUCACGACGACGUUGACCGUCGCGGAACGGGAGAAAAAAAUCGUUUUUUUUUUAAAAAUAAAAAAAUCGAUAAAAAAUCAAAAGCGGCGUCGGAUUGUGGAGAAUCGAUCGCGUCAAACGAUACGAAAAUAACGGAAUUCGAUGAGAAAUGCGUGACGUCGACGUCGGGAGGAAUCGCGAGACGUUACUAUCGUAGCGAUAAUAAUUAUAAUACGGGAAGACGUAGUUCUUACAGGUUUAUAAGGAGUUAUAGUUUGGGACACGAAAAAACAGAUGAAAAACUUCGUGGAACGUUUAAAAAGUUUUCACUUCCGACUCCGGUUAUUCAACUCAAAGACGGAAAUGAUAAUAAUAAUGAUGAUAAUUCACCGGAAGAUAAAGAAAACAGCGCGUUAAGAAAUUUAAAUUUAGAUAAAAGAAAAGUGACGACUUUAACGAGACACUACUAUCCGGAAAAUAAUUGGGGAUACGUUAUCGUUACGUGUUCCGUUAUGGUUCACAUAUUGUGUCACGGAUUACAGCUUUCUGCUGGAGUUAUUAUGAUUCCAGCAGCUUCGAAAUUUACAACGGAUCCAGUACACACGGUCGUUUCAUCAUGUCAAAUUUCUUUCAAUUUUUUUUUUUUAUUCGUUUUUUUUUUUUUUUUUUUAUAA